AUGGACGGUCUCCUAGAGCUGCAACUUGAUCCACUGCUUGUGCUGGAGUGCCUUGAAGAAGCGCUACUGAUGGUAGAACCAAAUGCUCGGCUCCUCGAAGACGCCAGUAAUCUUGAUUGUUGUUGCGAACGUCGCUUCAAACUGUUGGACAAGAUGGCGGGCAUGGUGCUUUGUCGGGAUUGUUUUAUGAAUCGGUUCAAAAGAGAGAUGGGGCGUCAUCGGAAUCAAGACAUGCGAAUGUCGCAUCGCGAGAAAGUGGGUGUCAAGACGAUGACCACAGAUGCCGAUUCGCAGGAGAAGUCUUAA